UGAAUCAUCUGCCCUCCAAUUCCACCACCGGGCCCCAUAAAUACUCCACCAGCGAGCAAACACUGUAUAACCGCUCCGCAGUCUCGAGACUCUUCUUCCCCGUCCCUUGCCCGAAAUGGAAACUUCGAUCAACCCUAGACGCCACGCCGCCCUUCUCCUCUUCCUCCUCCUCGUCUCCUCCGCCGCCGCCGCCGUCUCCGCCGGUAUGCACGUCGUCGGCGACAAGAAACACUGGGCCCCCGACGUCAACUACACCGAGUGGGCCGCCGGCGAGCACUUCUACCUCCACGACUGGCUCGUGUUCUACUACCCGGAGGGGUAUUACAACGUGAUCCAGGUGAACGAGACGAACUACGAGCGGUGCUCGGAGGAGAAUCCGAUCAAUAAGUACGCCAAGGGGCGGAGCUACGCGAUGCAGUUGAACGAGACCGGACGCUACUACUUCAUCUCCGGCGGCGGGUACUGCUGGAACGGCAUGGAGCUCUCCAUCAACGUCGAGCCCCUCCCCGCCCCGGCCCCUGCCCCGGUGCCGCCGUCGAAGUCCAGCGCCGCUCGCCGGAGCGGUAUCUGGAGCGCCGCCGCCGUCGUGGGUUUCGCCGCGUUCGUCCUUGGUGUGUAGCUGGGCAGUGCGCUUUUUUCAUCAUUUUUCCAUAAAUGCCCUUCUACUUUGUCUUAUUUACAUAACGUUUUGUUUGUUUUGGAACAAUGGGGAUUUGCCGGAUUCAUUAGCUAUAUUCGCUAGAAUUACUCCUAAUUUCGAAUGUUAAAAAUUUUAAAUGGAAAAAAAAUUUGGUGGUUUGCGUGUAA